CUGUUUAUCUGCGACAACCUCGUCGACGACUGGAGGAUAGCGAUGACGUGGCAGCGGCUGGGCCAGCUCGGUCUCGAAGUGCUAGUAUGCUCCAUCCAUCCGAUACCCGGAUCGUACACGUUCACGUGGACGACAACGGUCCGGGUCCGGUCGGAUCCGCUGGCGGACAUCGAGUCGGCCGUCGAGGUGCCCGUCGACGUGCUGCUGUCGUUGCCAAUGUUUCUCAGGCUGUAUCUCAUCUGUCGCGUGAUGCUGCUGCACAGUAAACUGUUCACGGAUGCGUCGUCGCGCAGCAUCGGAGCGCUGAAUAGGAUCAACUUUAACACGAGAUUCGUACUGAAGACGUUGAUGACGAUCUGCCCCGGCACGGUGCUACUCGUGUUCAUGGUGUCGCUGUGGCUGAUCGCGAGCUGGCUGCUACGCGCAUGCGAGAGGUGA